AUGUCGAAAGUAAUGCGAAGUGUCAAGAAUGUUACCAAAGGAUAUUCAAGCGUGCAGGUAAAGGUUCGAAACGCAACAAGUAACGAUCCAUGGGGGCCUACCGGCUCGGAAAUGAGUCAAAUUGCACAAAUGACCUUUAAUUCACCGAAUGAAUUCUAUGAAAUCAUGGACAUGAUUGACAAACGUUUGAACGAUAAAGGAAAAAAUUGGAGACACGUACUAAAGGCUCUCAAAGUUUUAGAUUAUUGUCUACAUGAGGGGUCAGAACUGGUAGUUACUUGGGCGCACAAGAAUAUAUACAUUAUCAAGACAUUGAGAGAGUUUCAGUAUGUUGAUGAGGAUGGUCGUGACGUUGGCCAAAAUGUUCGUGUGUCUGCAAAAGAAUUGACAUCUUUAAUUCUAGACGAGGAUAGGUUACGAGGAGAGCGCAGCGAUCGAAGAAACUGGAAGUCAAGAGUAACUGGAAUUGAAGAAUUCGGCCCCUCCCACGAUGACUCUAUGCGACGAAGUCGCAACUAUCGGGCGCAGCGAGCUGAUGAGGAAGAUGCUGAAUACAAGCUAGCAAUAGAGGCAAGCAAAUACCAAGAGGAAGAAGAUCGUAAGAGGAGGCAAAGUCAAAGAGAAGAACCAGAAGACGAAGAUCUCGCCAAAGCAAUUAAACUUAGUAAGGAGGAAGAAGAACAACGUCGUAGAGAACUAGAAGAACAGAACGCUGCAUCUUUGUUCGAUGAUGAUCCUAUUCAAACUUCUCAGCCCACUGGAUUUAACCAAGGUUAUCAACAGCAGACUCAAGUUGACUGGGCAGGAAAUCCCAUAGAUCCAAAUAUGCAACAACAUACAGGCUACAUAUCAAAUAUGUAUACUGGAUUUCAUUCUCAGCCUACUGGCUUUCAACCCGAACCUUCCCUUUAUCCAAAUGGGUAUCCCAAUGGAUUCGUCCCCCAAGCAAUAGGUCUUGACCCCUUUGGACAGCAACAGCUUCAACCUCAGCCAACAACCUUCAACCCCUACAUUCAACAAUCCCCCAUCAAUUUUCAGCAGCAACCUGAGGUAACAGUUCCCACAGGCACGAAUAAUCCUUGGGCUACAAGCAACCAGACUGCAACCCAAGCAUCUCUCAAGCCUAUGCCAACAGGCUCCAACAAUCCUUUUGCUUCAUCAUUUACCCGACCUCAGUCCACAACCAACACGCCGAGACCAAUACUCUCCACGUUGCAGGAAAAAUAUACAUCAAAUUUUAACAGCAACACGACAUCACUUAACAUUCCGAAGACCUAUACUCCACCUCCCAUUCCCACUCAUACCCAAAAUAAUUUUGAUUCGCAUCAUUCAAAGUUAAAUUCAUUACUUGCAUCCGGUGAUGGGAUGGAUACAUUUGGUAAUACUGGAGAAAUGCGAAUACCUUCUCAGCACACGGCACCGGGAACUUUUGUGAACAGUUCUGGUGCCGGUCUCAACCGACUCACAUCGUCCAAGACUGGAACCAAUCCUUUCUUACAAACUCAAUUUACGGCUAUGCCACAGGUACAUUACGAAGAUAAUAUCACAAGCGGAAUUGGAAGAGGACAGUCUCAAACAUCCGCUCUACCAGGAAUCAGUGAUGUAUCUAAUAGCUAUGGACAACAACCUAGUAAUCCCUUUGGACCGAAAUCGCAGGAAAAAGGUGGGCAUGGGGAUCUAAUACAAUUCUGA